GUCCGGGGUUGGUGGUAAUGAUCCAGUUCAGUGACGCCUAGAAGGCCGGUGAUGUAGACCUCCGGAGCUGGUGAACAGAGUGAACAGCAUUACUGGGGGAAUCCGUGACAAUACAGAGUACUGGUGACUCCUUACUCCCCCACUUCAUUCACUGCAAUGCAAUACACGGUAUAUGGGAUACUUUUUGGGUUGUAGAGAAAAUUAUUUUCUACUUUUCUCAGCUAAAUUGGGGUGGGAAAUACUCAGUAGGUCCUCUACUAACCAAAUAUGUGUAGUUUUGGAAGGGGACUGUGUCAUACAUAUCCAGCAGCACUUCGUUCUCCACCAGCUCCAUAGCCCAAUGCAAUACACUGUAAUAGACUGUACAUGGGAUACAGCGAUAGAACUUUUCUAGCUGUCUCAGCUAAAGUGGUGUGGGAAAUACUCAGUAGAGUCUCUACUAACCAAAUAUGGCUUUUAUUUGGAAGGUUUCUUCAUUUCCGAAAGAACGUGACGUCAUAAUUUGUGCUGGCAGAAUACUAGUUCUGUGUGAUAAAAAAAAAAAAAUCCUUCUGUGUGAUGUCACCGCGGCGGAGAUAGUUAUCCUCGCAGUAGAAUAAAGAGAGUAGAGGAAAUCACGAUGAGGACAGACUGUGCGCACCAAGUCCUUUCCAUGGGUUGUCGAUGGUGAAAUAUCGUUGGAGCGCUAUUAAAUAACAUUCUCUUAACAACCAUUGUUCUACACAUUGGACUAGGCUAUGAGGACAAGGCCCAGCGAUGACUGAUGUGGAGCCUGUUGUCACUGAUUUUGCAGCCACAGGGAGGACUGGCCGGAGGAACGCUGUACCUGAUAUCGCUGGGGCAGAGCCUGCUGACCUGCCAGACAAACUAGCAGAGCUCUCUGUUGUAGAUGAUGGAGGAGAAGGCGGAGAGUGCACGUCCUCUGGAAGCCCACCGAAGUGCCCUACAGAGGGUGAGGAGAAGGCGGAGGGGACGUAAUAGGGCCGUGGUCUCUGGCUAACUGACUACAAGAGAAGAUGGAGAACAAGAGAGAGACUGGCUCUACUAUGGCCCGCUUCACCUCAAACAAACCCAAUUGACUAGACAACUGUAAUCGUCAUGCACUGUGCUAUGCAAUGUCAGGACACCUACGAUGGAAACUUAAAUAGUUGGGUGAAAAAGGGAGAGCGCUAUAAAAAGGAAAAGGCUGUUUCUUUAUAAGGGGGUAUUCGUUCAAGAUUACCCAAAAUUCAUUACAUGUACAGAGAAUGAAACUGCACUUAUGUCCUGUUCAUAUUAACAUAUGAAGUGAACUGGUGAAGUGUCAUGACUGAAAAAUGUCAUUUCUUAUUUGAGCAAGAGGGACUUGUACAUACGUUACAUACGGAACUAUUCCAAUGAAAGCAUUUUUUCUCAGAAUGUCAAAAUGUAGUUGCAGGAAUGUUUAUUUUUGCACAACAAAAUAAUAAACAUUCCAUUUGGUGAUGGAAGUCAAAUUUGUAUCUUACAAUUGUCGUUUAUUAGAGCACUACAGUGCAACCUCUACUUUGUGUUUUUUUUUACUGUUAAAAUAUGCAUAGUUAACAACUGAGUUUUUAGAAAUAAAAAAAUAUAUAUGUAUUUUUGGGCAGUAAAUACAGUUUUACAUUAUAGUUGCCACCCAUUAAAGAUGCAUUUCAAUGUCCACUGCAGCUAAUAUACAUAAUGCUUUAUGUACGGCAUUGUGGUGAAUAUUUUUCAGA